AUGGCAAAUAAUUCAUUUAAUAAUAUAAAUAAUCAUAUAUUAAUCUAUGAAGAGAAUAUUAAAUCAGAAAAACAACCAAAUAUUGAAUUGGUACUAAUUAAAAAUGAAAUAUUAGACGAUGAAUUUGAAGAUGAACAAAUUAAAAAUCAAAUAUCGGAAGAUAGCAAUGAUGGUGAACUGGAACAAAAAAUUCUGGACAAUAUUAAAAAUGAACCAAUUUAUGAAAAUCAAGAACAUUUCUCCACAGUUAAGAUUGAAGAUUUAAAUACCGAAUUGAUAAUUAAAAAUGAAAUAUUAGAUGAAAGUGAUUUAAAAUCACAACAAAUUCAUGCUGAUGAUGAAGAUCAAUCAAUUUCCUGCAAUAUUUGUAAUAAAACAUUUAAUAAACGAAGAUAUUUAAUUCGACAUCAACAUAUUCAUAACAAGGAAAAAUUACUUUCUUGUGAUAUUUGUAAUAAAAAAUUUAAUUUAGAAAGAAAUUUGGUUCGUCAUAAACGGAUUCAUACCGAGUUAAAAUCAUUUUCAUGUGAUAUUUGUGACAAAACAUUUAGUGAUAAAAAAAAUUUAGUUUUACAUAAACGGGAUCAUAGUGGUGAAAAACAAUUUUCUUGUAACAUUUGUAAUAAAUCAUAUAAUAUCUUAAGUUGUUUAUCCAGACAUAAACGUGUUCACAGUAAAGAAAAACCAUUUUCAUGUGACAUUUGUAAUAAAACAUAUAGUGAUCGGGGUAGUUUAAAUGUGCAUAAACGUAAUCAUAGUGGUGAAAAACCAUUUUCAUGUGAUGUUUGUAAUAAAACUUUUAAUCGAAAAGAUGUGUUAGCUCAACAUAAACAUAUUCACAGUGAAGAAAAACCAUUUUCUUGUGAUCUUUGUAAUAGGACAUUUACUAGUAAACAUCAUUUAGAUGUUCAUAAACUUGUACAUCAAAAGAUUCAUAGUGGAGUAAAAUCAUUUUCGUGUGAUGUUUGUAAUAAAUCGUUUACCUAUCAAAAUGAUUUACUACGGCACAAAAUGAUUCACAGUGGUGAAAAACCAUUUUCAUGUGAUAUUUGUAAGAAAAACUUUAGUAGAAAAGAUUAUUUAGUAAAACAUAAUUUAGUUCGACAUACGAAAGAAAAAUCAUUUCCAUGUGAUAUUUGUAAUAAGUCAUUUAAUCAGCCAAUCAGACAUAUUUUAAUUCACACCGGGGAAAAGCCAUUUCGAUGUGAAAUUUGUAAUAAGUCAUUUAAUCAGCUAAGUAAUUUUAAUGUACAUCAUAAACGCUUUCAUGGUGAACAAAUUGCAACCAUUUAG